GGCAGUCCCGCGCAGCUGUCGGCUGCACGGGCAGCCCAUGCUUGCCACCCGCCCUCCUCUGCCUCACGGGCAGCCCCUGCCUGCCACCAGCCCUCUGCCUCACGGGCAGCCCCUGCCACCAGCCCCUGUCUGACACCCUCUCUCCUCCGCCUCACGGACAGCCCCUGCCGCCCGCCCUCCUCUUCCUCGCCGCGCCUGGGUCUGGGGCUCCGAAACUCGCGCCCAGCCUCCAGCACUGGCAGGCAUCGGGGAGGAGAUUAUGCUUCAGGUCUUCAGGGUGAUUCAAUGGGAAUUGCACUGAUCUGGUGUUUAGCUGUGAUCCUUAUCAAAUGGAUUACUUCUAAGAGACGUGGAGCAAUUUCCUAUGACAGCUCUGAUCAGACAGCGUUGUACAUUCGUAUGCUAGGCUCUUGUGUAAUAUUCAAACAGCUCAGCACAAGAGAUGUGCGAGUAAGAAGUCGGGCAGGAUUUGAAACAGAGAGAAGAGGUUCUCAUCCAUACAUUGAUUUCCGUAUUUUUCACUCAAACUCUGAAAUCGAGGUGUCUGUGUCUGCAAGAAAUGUGAGACGGUUGCUUAGUUUCCAGAGAUACCUGAGAUCUUCCCGUUUUUUCCGUGGUAUCACUGUUCCAAAUUCUUCAAACAUUUUAGAUGAUGAUUAUAAUGGACAAGCAAAGUGUAUGCUGGAGAAGGUUGGAAAUUGGAAUUUUGAUAUUUUUCUUUUUGAUAGACUGACAAAUGGAAACAGUCUAGUCAGCCUAACCUUUCAUCUGUUUAAUCUUCAUGGACUAAUUGAACACUUCCAGUUAGAUACGAUGAAACUUCGUAGAUUUUUGGUUAUGGUCCAAGAAGAUUAUCACAGUCAAAACCCUUAUCAUAAUGCAGUUCAUGCUGCUGAUGUAACUCAGGCCAUGCACUGUUACUUAAAAGAGCCCAAGCUUUCCAAAUCUUUAACUCCAUGGGAUGUUCUGCUCAGUUUGAUAGCAGCUGCCACACACGAUUUGGAUCACCCAGGUGUUAACCAACCUUUCCUAAUUAAAACAAACCAUUACUUAGCAACUUUAUAUAAGAAUACCUCAGUAUUAGAGAACCAUCACUGGAGAUCAGCAGUGGGGUUGCUGAGAGAGUCUGGCUUAUUUGCACAUAUGUCGUUAGAAAACAGGCAGCUGAUGGAAAGCCAGAUAGGUGAUCUCAUUCUUGCCACAGACAUCAGUCAGCAAAAUGAAUAUCUGUCCAUGUUUCGAUCCCACUUGGAUAGAGGAGACUUAUGUUUAGAGAAUGCGAACCAUCGGCACUUCAUCUUACAGAUGGCUUUGAAGUGUGCUGAUAUUUGUAAUCCAUGUCGGACGUGGGAGCUCAGUAAGCAGUGGAGUGAAAAAGUAACAGAGGAGUUCUUCCAUCAAGGAGAUAUUGAAAAAAAGUACCACUUGGGUGUGAGUCCCCUUUGUGACCGUCAGACAGAGACUAUUGCUGACAUCCAGAUUGGUUUUAUGACCUACUUAGUGGAACCACUGUUUGGGGAAUGGGCCCGGUUUUCAAACACCAGGCUGUCGCAGACGAUGCUUGGCCACCUGGGACUGAACAAGGCGAGCUGGAAGGGAGUGCAGAGGGAGCAGUCGGGCAGCGGUGAUGACCCUGCUUUUGAGGAAAUGGACUCAGACAUAUUACCUCAGGAACCUCGAUUGUCCUGACCUCAGUCUUCACGACAAAACUGCCUCUUCUCUUGGUAUCUGCACGGUUGGAUUAAAAGAGAUACUUGCCAGCCCAAGGUUUUGCUAACAUGGUAAAAUGAUGCCAGCAUUAUUUAUUUCCAAGUUUUCCUUUGACACAGACCAUCUGAACCAGAAUUUUUUUAAAACUUGCAAGAUCUGAACAUAGAGCAAUAUGCACCCGCCUCGGUUGGUUUUCGUUGGGAACCUUGAAUAUGCAAAGCACAGCAGCGACUGAGCCGCGAGGGACGGCGCGAGAGCCGCGUCCGUCGCGUGCCGCGCGCGGGCUUUGCGUCUGUCUGCUGACACUUGGAAUCCGGUCUUCGAACGUAACACUUGCGAUGGAUUGUUCCACUCCCUCGGAAUUCCGCGAGACUCGCGUACAUGUGUUCAACGCCUACCUUCCACUCAGCCCCCCUUUUACUAUGGAAAUGUGAAGUGCCCAUCCUCUGCUGCCUCUGGCGAGACUCGAUGUUUACAAAUGUACUCUGAAACUGUUGGUUCUAGACUUACCCUUUGCGCAUGGCUGUGAAGGAACCACUAACUUGGGGUUUGGGGUUGGUUUUUUUUUUGCUUUUUUUAAAAGAAAAAGAUGAAAUCCGAGACUGCGGCUCUUGUUUCUUUGGAUGCCAGAAAAGCCUCCCAUUUGCCAUAAUUUUGUUUGUGCACUGGGAACUGAGCGUUCAUCAUAGAGCACAGCCAAGCUUUCCUCCAGUGCUGUAUGGGAAUGCAAUUUUUUAAUGUUGGAAAACACUUCUGAGUUUGGGAA